AUGAGCAAAAAUCUCAUCACCGGCCUUUUGCGCGGCAAGACCGCCUGCAUCACCGGCGGCACCACGGGCAUCGGCCGCGCCAUCACGCUCGAGUACCUGCGCCAGGGCGCCAACGUGGCCGUCAACCACCUCGACCUGCCCCAGGACGCGGAGCUCAAGAAGAGCCUGAUACAAGCCGCCGCGGACCUGAAGCGGCACGCGUCCCCGGCGCAGCCGGUCGGGGAGCUUCUCGAGCAGGCCGGGGACAUUACCGAACCCGCGACGGGCGAGGCGCUCGUCGGCGCGGCCGUGUCCGCCUGGGGAAAGCUGGACAUUCUCGUGUCCAACGCGGGCAUCUUCCAGCCAGCCGAGUUUCUCUCGCAAGUGCUCGACAAGACGCUCUUUGACCGCACCAUGGCGGUCAACGUGCACGGCGCGUUUUACACGCUGCAGGCGGCGGCGCGGCAGAUGGUGCGGCAGGGCCACGGCGGCGCGCUCAUCGGCGUCUCGUCCAUCAGCGCGCUGCAGGGCGGCCGGCUGCAGACGCACUACACGCCGGGCAAGGCGGCCGUGGCGUCCAUGGUGCAGUCGGUGGCGGUCGCGCUCGCGCCGCACGGUAUCCGCUGCAACGCGCUGCUGCCGGGCACGGUGCGCACGCAGCUGGCUGAGGCCGACAUGCGGGAUCCGAAGAAGCGCGCGUUCCUCGAGGAUAAGAUCCCGCUGGGCGUCGGCCGCCCCGAGGACGUGGCCGGGCCGGCGGUGUUUUUGGCGUGUGAGCGGCUGAGCGCGUGGGUGACGGGCGCGCAGAUCCUCGUCGACGGCGGCAUGUAUGCGCAUUUGCAAUGA